AUGGCUCGUCUCGACAAAUCUCCCAAGGGCCUUCAGUGUAUCUUUAUGUUGAAUAUCAUCUACUUCGUGUUUGCCUUCACAAUUCAGUACAAUCUCGCCUUUCCACCAUCCUUUCCCUCAUACUUCAUUGUUUCCGUAGGAGCUGCAUCUGCGGCUACCAUACUGCACGCAUAUCAAACGCAAUCCCCACUGCCUAACAUAGAUGAGGAUCGUCGCGCACCUCCUGGAUAUGGAAGCGAUUGA